AUGGCUCAGGAACGUGCUCCUCUCCGUCUCGGCUCCGUUGCCCCCAACUUCGAGGCCGACUCCUCCAACGGUCCUAUCACUUUCCACGACUACAUCGGCAACAGCUGGGCUAUUCUCUUCUCCCACCCCGAUGACUUCACUCCCAUUUGCACCACUGAGCUCGGUGCUUUCGCCAAGCUCGAGCCCGAGUUCACUGCUCGUGGCGUCAAGCUCAUCGGUCUGAGCGCCAACGGCACCGAGUCCCACCACGCCUGGAUCAAGGAUAUCGAUGAGGUCAACGGCUCGAACCUCAAGUUCCCCAUCAUCUCCGACCCCGAGCGCAAGGUUGCCUACCUGUACGACAUGGUCGACUACCAGGACACCACCAACGUUGAUGCCAAGGGCAUGGCUCUCACCAUCCGCUCCGUCUUCAUCAUCGACCCCAGCAAGAAGAUCCGUCUGAUCAUGUCCUACCCCGCCUCCACUGGUCGUAACACCGCUGAGGUUCUCCGUGUUGUCGACGCUCUGCAGACCACUGACAAGCACGGUGUCACCUGCCCCAUCAACUGGCUCCCUGGUGACGACGUUGUCAUCCCCCCUCCCGUCUCCACUGAGGACGCUCAGAAGAAGUUCGGCGACAUCCGCAUUGUCAAGCCGUGA